AUGCCCGACCAGGCGGCUGCCGCGGCCUCGGGCGACGCGGUGUUCGAGCGGUGCCUGCUGGCGCUGUACCUCAUCAGCCCGCUCACCGUGCUGGCGCUCCGCUUCGUCUCCGCGCCGUACGGCAAGCUCUCCCGCCCGGGCUGGGGCCCCGCGCUUCCGGCCCCGCUCGCGUGGUUCCUCAUGGAGAGCCCCACCCUAUGGCGCCCGCCGCUCGUCCUGCUCCGCUCCACCCCGCCGCCGCUCUCCAGCCCGCUCGCCGCGCUCUACGCGUUCCACUACGUCCACCGCACGCUGGUCCACCCGCUCCGCCUCGCCCGCCUGCGCCGCGCCCCGGCCCCCGUGCCGGCCCUCGCCGCCGCCUGCGCCCUCGCCUUCAACCUCCUCAACGCCUACGUGCAGGCCCGCUCCUUCGCGCUCCACGCGGCCCGCCCGGGCUCCCGCUUCGCCCUGGCUCGCUGCAUCGCCGGGCUGGCCCUCUUCGCGUGGGGGAUGCGGACGAACAUCGCGGCGGACAAGGAGCUCCUGCGGCUCAAGGAGGCCGGCGGCGGGUACAAGAUCCCGAGGGGCGGGUGGUUCGACCUCGUCACCUGCCCCAACUACUUCGGCGAGACCGUAGAGUGGCUGGGCUUCGCCGUGGUGGCGUGA